AUGGAUACUUAUUACUAUUGGUCAUCAUUUAUUGAUUCAUCUGGUCUGAUAUCUAUGCGUGGAGUAAUAACAGUAGUUCCUGCUCAACCACAGACACUUACGGUGAAAGUCACAUCGGGAACAUUUAACGCUCAAUCAUGUGCUUUUCCAUUCAACUAUGAUUCUGUCAAUUAUACAUCGUGUACUACAGUAAAUGAUAUUCAAGAAUGGUGUUCACCAACAUUUGCCUAUACUGGACAACGACUCUACUGCACAGCUUCAGCGUCUAUACCAACAUCAUCAUGUAAUUCAAGUUCUUGGAUCGAUCCAAGUUCAUGUUCACAAAUGAUUCCUAAUUCAAAUUUACAUCAGUUCCUUUUUACACCAUGCACUAUUGGUUCAGUAGAAUCGAUUUCACCACAACAUGGUACUGCUGGUACAACCAUAACAAUCACAGGAACCAAUUUUAGUACAGUACUAUGUGAAAAUCAUAUUUUUAUUGGUUCAUCCUAUGAUUGUCCAAUAAUAAAUGCAUCAACAACAGAAAUCGUCUGUGAAAUUGCUUCGAAUUCAUCCCUGAAUGCUAAAAUGAUUCAAGAUAUCCGUGUUGUACGAGAUCUUCAAGGCUAUCUAAGUAAUAAUGGUCCUAUACAAUUUCAAUUCCAAGCAUCUAUUUCUAAUGUAUUACCCAUAGAAGGUUCAAUCUAUGGUGGUACUGAAGUUACAAUAAUUGGCGAUGGAUUUACACCGGUUGAUACUCGUAUUAUUGUUGGAAGUAUUGAAUAUACUAGUAUGGCAACAAUUACUUAUUCUCAAAUAAUAUUUACUACUCAAAUACCACCACCUGAAUAUAUUAAUCAAAUUAUUCCUAUUACGAUCUUGAUUGGCACAAAUACAGCUGUGUGUUCAUUCGAAACAUGUUCAUUUACUUGGGCUGAAAGUAUUACACCUUAUCUUGAUUCAGUUGAUCCGACAUCUAUUACUGGUCCACAAUUAUUAACAUUGACUGGUCGAAAUCUAGUAAUGAAUGAUACAAUACUAGCAACUAGUAUUCAUGUCACUAUCGAUGGACAAAUGUGUAAUGUGACAUCAGUAUCCAACUCAACUAUUGUAUGUCAAAUUGAUAGUAUUCAAGUUGGAGUUCAUCCAAUUGUCGCAUCAAUUGAUGAUAUUGGAACAGUUCUAUCAUCAGCACUGCUUACAUCAAUGAUGUCUAUUUCAAAUUUUUCACCAACAAACAGUAGUAUCUAUGGUGGUGCUCUUCUUACAAUUGAUGGUAAUGGAUUUGCUAGUUCAAUCACUAAUGUUCAAGUUAUGAUGGGUUCUAAUAGAUGUACAAUAAUUCGAACGGCACCUGGUCAAAUUCAAUGUAUAAUUCCAGCUCAAGCAAGUAAUCCAUCAUCAGUUACAGUCCGUAUUACUUCAAAUGGUAUAAAUUUUUCUGAUGCUUUUUCAAUAACGUAUAGCUCAGCUAUUACACCUACAAUUACAUCAAUUGAUCCUACAUCAGGAAGUGCUGGUGAAACAUUGACAAUUACAGGUACAAAUUUUGUUGAUGGUAAAACGAGUAUUUUAAUUGGUGGUAUUGCAAGCACAAUUAUCAAUAUGUCAACUACAUCCAUUACAUGUACACUUGGAUCAAGUCCAGCUGGAAAUCAAUCAGUAGUUGUUUAUGUAGAGUCUGUUGGUAAAUCAAAUUCAAAUAUUCAGUUUCAAUAUAUUUUACAAGUUACUAAUGUAACACCUUCACGCGGCAGCUAUGGUGGUGGUCAAACAAUAACUAUUUUCGGUGAUGGAUUUAAUGGAUCCAAUGCUAGAAUUACUAUUUGUAAUCGAACUUGUCAAUCGGCAGUUAUUGUAUCAAAUACACAAAUGACUUGUGUUACACCUUCGGAACCUAUUGCUUCAUCCGAUACAGCAUGCAAUUUAACAGUUACUGCUGGAAGUUUAACACAAAGUAUGUCGUAUAUUUAUGAAGUGAAUUUAACAGUAGUCGUAAUAUCAAUUAGUCCAAGUCGAGGGGGAACUGGUGGUGGUACACUUUUAACAAUCUUUGGAACAAAUUUUCCAACCAUAAUCAGUGCAGUAUCAGUUAGUAUUGCUGAUGUUUCAUGUUCAGUUCAAACAAUAUCAUCAACAAUGAUCACCUGCUUGACAGGUAGUUAUUCAAGAACAACAACUCAAGAACUUGUGAUUGUGAAUUUGGUUAAUGGUGGUAAUGCAGUCGGCUCAGUUCUAUAUCAAUAUAUUGAUCUUUGGUCAAGUCCAUGGACAUGGGGCGGUGAUAUUCCGCCUGAGGCUGGCACUAUUGUUUCAAUUGAAAAUGGCAAGACAGUUUAUUUCGACACAACAACACCUAUUCUUAAAGCUGUGAUUAUUGACAAUGCAUCCUUAAUUUUUGAUGAUAAUCAAGACGUUAGUUUGAAUGCUGAAUACAUUUUGGUUGUUAAUGGUGGUCGUCUACAAAUUGGUACUGAAACAAAUCCAUUUCAGCAUAAAGCUGUCAUUACGAUGUAUGGUCAUUUAAGAUCAAUUGAAUUACCAAUCUUCGGAGCUAAAGUUUUGGCACUACGAGAUGGCAUCGUGGAUAUGCAUGGAAAAACUGUUACACAAACAUGGACACAUCUGGCUGCAACAGUUUCUAGUGGAUCAUCUCAAAUUACUCUUCGUCAAGCAGUAGAUUGGCCAGUGGGCAGUACGAUUGUCAUAGCAACUACAGGCGAUUAUUUAAGUCAAGGACAAACUGAGAUACGUACUAUAACAGCUGUAUCAAACAAUGGACGUAUAUUAACAUUGGACUCACCGUUGAAAUACACUCAUUUAGGUGUAACACAAAAUGUUGGUUCGACAACAGUGGAAGUUCGUGCUGAAGUGGGUCUUCUGUCACACAAUGUUAUAUUUCAAGGCUCAGUUACUGAAACAUGGAAUACAUCCAUUGCAGCAUGUCCAACUGGUUUUAAUCCUGGUGAAUUCGCAGUUCAAACAUGUUUUCUUGGUCGAUAUGGUGAAGAUAUAGGUUCUGAUCAAUUUGGUGCAACUAUCAUGGUCAGUGCUAGUACCGAUAGUUCUGAUGGUAUACAACGAGUGAUACUGCGUUUAUCAAAUAUUGAAGUAUAUAAUGUUGGUCAAGCAUUUCGCCUCGGUCGAUAUCCAGUUCAUUUUCAUAUGAAUGGAAAUAUGAAUUUAUCAUAUAUUAAAUCAUCAUCAAUUCAUCAAACAUUUAAUCGAGCUAUUAAUAUUCAUGCAAGUCAUUAUGUCACAAUAGAAAAUAAUGUCAUAUAUAAUAUUAUGUAUGUAUAUACAGGGUGGUAA